CCAACAAUUCCAUCAUCUGCAGUUGGAUUUUCAAUAGCGUAGAUGAGUUCAUUCAGCCUAGCAUCGUAUCUCAUUCCGUUGCCUCGAACCUUUGGUCCUAUCUGAAAAAGAGGUAUAGUAUGUCCAAUGGUCCUCGUAUUUAUCAAUUGAAAAUAGAGUUGAAUGCACUAUGGCAAAAGGGACAAACCAUAGUGGCUUACUAUAAUCAAUUUAUUACUCUUUGGAAUCAACUGCAUGGAACUGGAGAUCCAACUAGAGGGUGUACCUGUGCGGCCGCCGCUACAACAAGAGCGAAGUUUGAACGUGAAAAGACAAUUGAUUUCAUGUUAGGAUUGGAUGAUGAGCAAUUUGGUCAUCUACAUUCUAACCUUCUUGGUACGGAACCAAUUCCUGAUUUUGAUAGGGCGUUUUCUCUUGUCUCACAAGAAGAACGUCAUCGCACAAUCAUUUGGAGCCGUGAUGACAAAACUGAGGCAAUGGCAUUCGCCACAUGCCGCGAUGACAAACCUGCACGUCCUUCUCCACCCCUGGAGAAGCUAAGGUGCACACACUGUUGCCGCACAAACCACAACGUUGAUGCGUGUUAUGAAAUUGUUGGUUUUCCGGCCCAUUACACUCAACUCGCCGCCACUCGUGGACCUGCGGCUAGAGGAGGAUGCACAGACAACAGCGGUUGUGGACAUACAGCUGGUGGCCGCGGGACUGGACGUAGCAACCAGAUGGAAGCCGCCGAUGGUGGCACCGGCAUGGCACACAUGGCAACCGACGAAGCACAGGGAACCAACCUCAGCGAUGAAAUGGCACGUCUGGUGUCUCUGCUAGAAUCAUCCAAUGCUGCACAAUAUAAUGGUUUAGGAAGGGAAUUGAUAAGGCGAAAGAUUAAACUUGCCUACGGAGGAGGUAGUGUUGGCCUUCAAGGAGCAGUUGCUUCAACAGUCUUUACCAAUGGUGGUCUCGUUAGAGGUUUCAUUCUUGGGUACAUAGCAACACGACGUGUCUAUGGACCUACAUACGGUGUAGAGCAUACAGUUCCCAGUAAUUUCUAUAAAUAUUUUGAAAUAAAUCAUGCCGUGGAAGCUUUCAUUGUUCUUCCCGGAGGAGUUGACACUAUGGAAGGUUUGUUUACCUUGAUAUCGUGGGCUUCUGAAGGGUUAUACAAUAGACCCAUUGGUCUCUUGAACAUUGACAGUUAUUUCAACAACCUACUCAAAUUUCUAGAUGAUGCCGUGAGGCAGAACUUCAUGUCUUUGAGUCAGAGGAAACUUUUCAUUUCUUCUUUCUUUGUCGAUGAGCUUUUAGACAAACUAGAGUUUGUUAAAGCUUUCUCGGGUCCAGGGGUUAGUUACGAUGAGUUUGUGAAUCAUGGAAGACUAAACUUAGAAUUGCAUCUGUAACUUUCCUUUUGUAAUCCAAGUUGUAUCUUGUGUUGCAAUGAUAUUAUCCAUAAAUAUUCUCCUAGGCUGUAUGGCUAGUGCGAGCUACAUUUUCUUCAUUCUUCAGUCUUGCACUGUUGGUUUCACUGUCUUGUUUUGUAUCAUCACCACGUCGUGAUCUUUCAUGUUAAUAGCGCAUACAAAUGAGUUCAUUUCAAAGUAAGGAGUAGUGAUUCUUGAUCGUCAGUUUGUUCAAGUUUCCUAACAGAGAAUUCUUAGUAUUCUGACCGUAAGUCAAUCUUAGAGAACACAAUGGAUCCUCUAAGCUGAUCAAAUAAGUCAUGAUACAAAGUAAAGGAUAAGGAUUUAU